GACUCUCCCACCUCCACAAAUCCACAGCCGGCCUUCUCCUCCUCCCCUCCCUCGUCUAUCUCCGGCGACCUCCCAGGCGCCCAGCUACAGCCGAAUCUCAGCCGAAUCACUGUCGCCGGAGCGGAGACGAGCGAAACCUUCCACCGAGCGGCGCCAUAUCGUUUGCUUCGGAUCUGCGCGAGCUGCCCGUGCUUUUGGAAGCCGAGGAGGUCCUAGCCUCUAGGGUUCGCCCGCAUCCCUCGUACUUGUGCUCGCAGAAACAUGGAGAUACAGACUUCAGGGAAGCCCAUUGAUAUGCUGAUGGAGAAGGUUCUUUGUAUGAACAUCGUCUCUUCUGAUUACUUCAGGGAGCUCUACAGGAUGAAGACCUAUCAUGAGGUCAUUGACGAGAUCUACUACCAUGUUGAUCAUGUGGAGCCUUGGAUGACUGGCAAUUGCAGAGGCCCCUCCACUGCAUUUUGUCUUCUCUACAAAUUUUUCACAAUGAAGCUUACUGUGAAACAGAUGCAUGGUUUGUUGAAGCAUCCUGACUCCCCGUACAUUAGAGCUAUAGGAUUCCUGUAUCUUCGAUAUGUUGCAGAUCCAAAGAUCCUAUGGACAUGGUACGAGCCCUACUUGAAGGAUGAUGAGGAAUUCUCACCUGGAUCUAAUGGUCGCAUGACAACCAUGGGUGUAUAUGUACGUGAUCUUAUACUUGGACAGCUAAUCCUUCAGUUCUCAUGUGAAGUUGAUUUCUAUACUACAUGGGAUUAUUUUUCCAUGAUAUUGUGGCUUCAGAUAAGUUUAACUCGCCUAUUUUGUUCUAAUGGCUGUGAACAGUGUUUAAUCCUGCGUUUGUUGUCUUUAUCUUCAGAAACUAUGCCAACUAACUGGACAAUUUUCUUAGUCAGGCAAGUCAUGGUUCCACAACAUAGCCUGUUCAUAUACUACUUCGACAGUAUCCUUCCAAGAGUUCCUGUUCCAGUAGUUCGUGAAGUAACAGCGAAUCUCGAGAAGAUGAAGCUGCCAACAAAGCUUUCUGGGGCGACUGGAGACUCCAGUCGUCAUGGAUCAGAGGAUACGGCCCGUCGGCCCCCUUCUGUUAAAGCUUCUUUGUCAGUUUCUUUCGGACAGCGUGCUCCACACCGUGCUUCCACAAGGGAUUCAUCCCCAGUUCGGCGAACAUUUACCCAAGAUGAUCAUCGAAGAUCAUCUUCACCAUUUCGUCGUAGUAGAAGCCGGGACAGCCCUCUCAAUGGCCGUUCAAGCUGUGACCGAGAUACUAACCGUUCAAGCCGUGACCGAGAACAUGAUCGUUCAAGCCGCGACAAGGAUUAUGAUAGGGACAUCAGAGACUAUGACCGUGGCAGCAGGGACCGCGACUACCACAGGUCCAGGCAUUCAGAAGAAAGACGAGAUAGCCGAAGGGAGCAUGACAUUAGUAGACACAGGCGCUCCAGCUCACGUCAUAGGAGCAGAAGCAGGAGCCGCAGCAGGAGCCGAAGCCGGAGCAGAAGUAGAAGCAGGAAUGAACCUCGAUCAAGUCCAUUUGGGGACACAAACAAGGAGAAGGCAACUGCUGCGAGCAACCUAGCCAAACUUAAAGACCUGUACGGUGAUGUAACCGAGAAGAAGGAUGUCGGUGAUGCCAAGCCGCGGCAUCAUGAUUCAUGCGCCGAGGAGGUUAUCAUGCUGGGAGGCUCUAGAUGGAGGUAAAUUUGAACCUCCGAUUUCCUCAGCCAGGCCAUAUGGUGUUACUGCACCAUUUAAUCUGCCCGUAGACAUUUGCGAGAGCUCAGUCCGUGUAAACACUUGUACUUGAUGUUGGUUUCCUGCGUUACCAAUCCAUUUCUUCUAAAUGUGCUUCCAGUCCA